AUGGAUGCACACUACAUGAUGUUCACAUGGCCAGACGUGACGGAGGCCAACAGCUCAGACAGCCGCGGGGAACGCCUGGACUUCUUUCUCAAGCAGGAAGAGGCCGCCGGGCCCGACUCCAGCUUCAUGGGUCCCAACGAAUCAGAGGAGGCCGGGGGCGGGGCCGUGGCGUCGGUAGCCAAUCUGAAGGCGGCACUGAUGAGUAAGAACAGCCUGUUGUCACUGCGGGCGGAGAUGUUAGGAGAAGAUAACCCCCUGCUGUACGAGUACCUGCCCAAAGGAGCACACUCCCUGUCUUUGAACGACUUCACGGUGAUCCGCAAGAAGUUCAAGUGCCCCUACUGCAGCUUCUCGGCCAUGCACCAGUGCAUCCUGAAGAGGCACAUGCGCUCCCACACCGGGGAGAGACCCUACCCCUGUGAGAUCUGUGGCAAGAAGUUCACCAGGCGGGAGCACAUGAAACGACACACACUGGUCCACAGCAAGGACAAGAAGUACGUGUGCAAAGUCUGCAGCCGGGUGUUCAUGUCGGCCGCCAGCGUGGGCAUCAAGCACGGCUCCCGCCGCCACGGCGUCUGUGCCGACUGCUCCGGCAGGGGCAUGGCGGCGCUGCUGGACCACCGCCACCACCACCACCACCACCACCACGGGGGAGAGGAGGAGGAGGAGGCCGGCGCCGGGGACAUCUCCCCAGAGGAGGAGCUCUACCCCGGCGACCACCACCGCUUCCACGACGACCAGGCCAACGAGUGCGACGGCGACGGCGACGAGGAGAUGAUGGCGGAGGGCGAGAUGGAGGCGGAGAUGGAGGGCGAGAUGGCGGGGGAGGGCGAAGGGGAGGGCGAAGGGGAGGGGGAGGGGGAGGGGGAGGAGAUGGCGCCAGCGGCGGGGAGGGGCAAGUGGAAGGACUCGGGGAUGGCGCGGCAGGCGGCAGAGGAGGACAAUGAGAAGGAGGAGAGCGACUCGUCUGCGCCGGAGGGCGAGACGCGCAACGGCAGCGAGAAGGACUUCGGCUGGAUCUCCUAGGGGCCUCUCCAGACGCCGCCGCCACUGAUUGGCCCCUUUCACCGACCGCAGUUGAAGUGAUCGCUGCUGCCGUGACCUCUUGAGGCCCAGAUCUCUGGCCUCUUUGUGGCCUCCUCAGGUCGGACAGCGGUCAGGGAAUGUGUAGAGCGAUGCGCAACGACCAUCUGAUACCGUUGUGGGUGACACAGUCAAGCACACACACACACACACACACACACGCACGCACGCACCCACACACUCAGACACAGAGACACGUGCACACAUGUACUUACAUGCACUCGACACACACAGCAACACAACAUAGCAACCUUGAGCUAGGGAUGUGACGGCCAUAUUGGAAGGAGAGGGACUGACGAUGGCUUUCGGGACAGACUUCUCCUGCUUACCUCCUUAUCCUCUUCUGAUGCAGUGUUCCUUUUGUCUACUAUGGUUUCACUUUCCUUUUCCUCCGUGUUCCAAGGGGAUCAAGCCAGAGUACCAUCGUUUUGUACUCUACUGUUUGUGAGAAAUUUGGAAAUAUGUAAUAGACUCGUCCAAGGACCUGGCUGGACCACAGCUUUUUUUGCUGGUUUGCUGUCACAAUCACCAUGGAAACCAAGGAUUGGAAGACAAGACGUUGGUGCCGGUGGGCGUGCAGAGAAAGAGAGAGAGAGAGAGAGAGAGAGAGAGAGAGAGAGAGAGAGAGAGAGAGAGAGAGAGAGAGAGAGAGAGAGAGAGAGAGAGAGAGAGAGAGAGAGAGAGAGAGAGACAGAGAGAGAGAGAGAGAGAGAGAGAGCAAGAGAGAGGAAGAGCGUCUGGAUGCUAUCAGCUUCCAACUUUUUCUUUCUGUUUUUCAGAUGGAAC